AUCAAUCUGACACUUAUUGAUAGUACAUUGUCAAAUAGAUCAGCUGGCAAAUGUAAACAAUGUACAUAAAGUAAUAACAAUUGCGAAUUCAAGGCUUGAUUUACAUAUAUUAUGAAAACAAGUUGAUAUCAGUUAAUAACAUAAUAAUUAUUCAAAUAGGCAAACAGUUCAUAUAUUAUAGAGAUUUUAUUAUCAGACUGAUAAAAUUAUAACUAAUAGUUGCCAGAAGAACAUCAUCCUUACAGCCUCAUUCAACUUUGGUAGCGCUAUCAAAUAAUAAAUAAUUGUAAGAAAAUGAGUGCUAAAGUCCAAACAGUUUUAGGGGAUAUACACCCCAGUGCAUUGGGAAGAACUCUCACACAUGAACAUCUAUCAAUGGAGUUUACACAUUUCUACAGAGAGCCUCCGAAAAAAAUUGCAGAUAAAUUUCAAACUGGGUUUAGUCUCGAAAAUGUGGGAUUUCAUAGGCAGUACCCAUAUAGCUCUGAGAAUAAUUUGAUAUUGAAUGAUUUGAAGGCAAAGGAGGCAGUGUUAAAUGAUGUACUGGCUUAUAAGAAGUAUGGUGGAGGAACUAUAGUGGAGAACACAACAGAGGGGAUUAAACGAGACAUUGAUUUCUACAAGGAAAUAUCAGAAAAAUCCAAUGUUCAUAUAAUAGCUGGUACUGGCUACUAUAUAGCUGAUGUGCAAAAUAAUAGUACUAUGGGUUGUACUACAGAAGACAUGUAUAAUCAUAUGCUGAAAGAGUUUACUGAAGGGUGUGUUGACUACCCUACAGUAAAGGCUGGGUUUUUGGGGGAGAUUGCUAGCGUUUGGCCAAUUAAAGAAUUUGAAAGAAAAGCCAUAAAAGCAGCCGGGGAAGUCCAAGCGCAAAUUGGUUGCGGAGUUAGUUUCCAUCCACAUAGAGAACCGGAAGCGCCAUUCGAAAUUAUACGUCUGUAUGCAGAGGCUGGCGGGAAAGUGGAUAAAACUGUCAUGUCUCAUUUGGACCGUACACUCCUUGACUUCGAGAAGCUCUCGGAGUUUUCCGAACUCGGUACAUACUGUCAAUUUGAUUUAUUCGGCGUGGAAGUAUCGUACUACCAAUUGAACAUUGCUACUGAUAUGCCUUCAGAUGCACAAAGGUUGAAUAUGAUCAAGGGAUUGGUUGAUGAUGGCAAGGAAAAUAGAGUUUUGAUGUCUCAUGACGUGCAUACCAAGCAUAGAUUGAUUGAUUUUGGAGGUCACGGGUAUUGCCACAUAAUAAAUAACGUUUUGCCACAGAUGAAAGCAAAGGGCUUUUCUCAAACUCAGAUCGACAAAAUAACUAUUGAGAAUCCUGCGGAAUGGCUUACUAUCAGAAAGUAGAAAACAAUUGACGUGUUAAGAAAAAUGCUGCCAUAUUUAUAUAAUAAGGAAAUUAAUAUAUUUUUGUUAAAUAAUAUAUAACU